UACAUCUAUCUAUCAAAGAAGAAGAAAAUGGUGGGCGAAAUGAACACAUUCAUAAAGGUAUGGCUUUCAAUCUUCACAUCUCUAUCUUAUUGCUAUGCCAUUGGGAAGAUAGUCCCGAAAGGUGUAAGAAGACUCUUUUUUGUUCUCCCUAUUCUAUGUCUCUUUCUAUCUCUUCCUCUCAAACUCUCUUCCAUAAAUUUCUCCGGUGGCACUGCAUUUUGCAUAACAUGGCUUGCAAACUUCAAGCUUCUACUCUUUGCAUUUGGCAAAGGCCCUUUAGCACUGGACCCACCAAUCUCCCUUGGCCGUUUUAUUGUCGUUUCUUGUCUUCCCAUUGAGAUCCGAGAAAACCCACCGAAAAAACAUCUUAAACACCAAAAAGAAACAAAACCCAUCUCUUUGUUAUUAAAAGCCUUGCUUUUGGGAAUUCUAGUUAGGGCCUAUGAUUACAAGGAACAUAUGCCCCAAAAAGUUAUGUCGGUCUUUUUGUGCCUUCUCAUAUAUCUUUUGCUUGAGAUCAUACUAGCCAUUGUGGCAGCCUUGGCACGAGCCAUGUUGGGCCUUGAGCUCGAGCCACACUUCAACGAGCCAUACCUCUCAACCUCACUCCAAGAUUUUUGGGGAAGAAGGUGGAAUCUUAUGGUCACCCGUAUCCUGCGCCCUACCGUAUAUAAUCCCACUCUCAUAUUAUGGGCCCGACUCGUGGGCCAUAGGUGGGCCCAAAUACUGGCUGUCAUGGCAACAUUCGUAGUCUCUGGGCUUGUUCACGAGCUCAUUUACUACUACCUGGGCCGCGUGCGUCCCACGUGGGAGGUCACGUGGUUCUUUGUCCUGCAUGGAUCGUGUUUAACGGUUGAGAUCGCUUUGAAGAAGGCGUAUGCCACCACGUGGCGGCUUCCAAGGGUGGUUUCAGGGGCGUUGACUAUUGGUUUUAUGUUGUUGACCAGCUUUUGGUUGUUCUUUCCUCAGCUCCUCCGGUGUGAGGCUGAUGUUAGGCUCCUUCAAGAGUAUGCCGCUUUAGGUGGGUUUUUGAAGAGCUUCAUCACCCAAAGAUAAAU